AAUUGUCAUAAAAGGUUUCCUGAUAAGAGAAUCAAUUACUUAUGUCUUUAUCAUGAGAGGUGCAGCGAUGGAGGUGUGGAUCUAUACUCAUCUACUGGCUGCUAUUAUUGCAUCCUCAAUGUCUUCCCCCACCACGACAGACGCAGCAAUAAAUGAGAUCCAGCAAGCUGCCACAUUAGAUCUUAACUUCAUCAAGAACGAUCUUCAAGAUCUUCAAAAAAGUUAUUCCGACUCAGUUACAACAAACUAUCUAAACUCCGUGAAAAAAUUAUCGAUGGCUGCAAAUGAAACGUACGCAAAUGAAAUGCCAACAAACUCAUCAGGCUAUGAAUCAUCAUGUCUAGAAGCUAUCAUAGACGAUGUUUUGUACAACGUUGAAGAAUUAAAUAUAGCAGUGGCAAUAUGUGCAAAAAUGUCUCAUUCAGGACAAAAAAUGGAAGAAAACAUAAAUCAGUUUAACUUUAUAAUAAAAAGUUUAGAAAACUUCUCAACAAAUCUGACAGUUUUGAUAGAUAAUUGUGCUGAUGAGUAUCCAUUACCAUCUUGGGAUCGAUUGAUGUGUGUGAUUACGCAAGUAGAAUUUAUUGCAAAACAGUUUGAUCCUCUUUUUAAUCAGUUCAAAACCUAUAAUGAACAAAUGAAUGGCCACUUAAUAGUUCUAGAGAUUGAAAUGUCUAAAUGCUACAAAGAGGCUCUUGAAAGAAUGGGUGUCAUCAGUGGAUAUAUACAGAUUGAUUUAGAAGCUUGUAAGUCUAAUAAGUAAUUCAAUUUUAACAAGUACCGUAAUCCCAUUAACACAGUUUUGGAGGGUUAUUUCCGUACAUAUGGGUGUACAUAGACUGUCAUUUUGCCUUUAAGUUUGUUCUUCUGUCCUUAUCUUUUGAAAUAACAAAUAAUGUGUAGGCUAGUUAAUAUUUUCAUGUAUGUAAAUUUAUAAUGUGAUAUUUUUUUGUAAUAGGGGUGUUUUAUAAGUGAUUAUUACAAUGUCAUGUCAUUGUUAGCUUAACUUGCAUGGCACAAAGUACAAGAUACAAACAUACAAUUCAACUACCGUAUUUACAUUCUUUUGUCUUUUAGAGUGGCUUCUUUAUGAACAAGUGAUUCAAUAAUAACAAACAUAAUUUAACGAUCAUUUGUACCCUUUUCUUAUGGACUGCUUUUUAAUAGUUUAUAUUUAGUGUGUAGUGUGGCACAAACAUAUUUUUACAACUUAUUCUAAUGAAAAACAUAGUUUCUGUUGUGAACACAAAAAAGUUAUAAGAUAGAAAAAUGUUGUCAAUAAACAUACCUUAGAGUUC